AAGAAAGAAAGAAAGAAAGAAAGAAAGAAAGAAAGAAAGAAAGAAAGAAAGAAAGAAAGAAAGAGACAGCAAAAGACGGGCUGGCACAACACAAACUAUAUAAGAUAAGAUACUUGUGAAUGCAAAAUGUGGACAGGUCCUACGGUGGAUCAUGGUCAGAGAGUCAUGGUCCAGGAUAGAUGUCUGGACACAGGUGGGGGUGGUGGAGAUCAAACCAGGGCUGCUGGUUUGGGCUUCCCUGGCCUACAGUACCUACUGUACUACCUAAAGAGCGACCAGACCACAAUGUUUACAAUGUUACAGGACAAUGUACAGGGCUGGAGACUGGAAUUCUGCUGCUCCUUCUGGGGUUUAGAAACUGGGACUCUGAUUCUCCUCCUGGGGUUUGGACGCUGUUCCAAAUUUGACAUGUGCAUUCAUCAUGGUGAUGUGCUGUAUUUGCUUAUUCCUGGUUUCAUUCAACAUGCACAAUGUACAAAAAGGUGUAAAUAUAUUAAACUAUUCUAAUAAAUAUUAGUUUAUUGUUAAACUAGAUUCAAAUUAAUAAUUACACUAGAGGAGGAGCUCAUCCAAAGCACACCACUAAAUCACUAAAACCAGCUUGACACCCUGAAAAGAAAACAAAGAGAAAUUUGCAAAAAGAGGCAAUGACUGAAGAGUGUGGUAUUUAGUAAAUUGAGGUGUUCAUGAAACUGAAAAGCUCACAUUCAAACAGAAUAGUGGUCUCAAAUCUUAAAAUAAACCCAAAUGAAAUAAAUCAUUGUGUAAUCUCAUGGUUUUAGUGUCUUAAAUGCAAACUGCAAGAGAAAAGCAGAAGAAGCAGCUGAGUCCAUUUUUAGUUUUUUAAUAAAUUAAAUCGCAGUAUUAGUCUGGAACCAGGCAGAUGUUUACACAAAGUUAUGUUAGUGAGGUGAUGUUACUGUGGUCAGAUAUGACCGUGAACAACCCGCCCACUUUCCAGUCCGCGUGUCCCUGAGUCUCUGUGUUCAGGCCACCGGUAAGUGGCGAGAUUAGGCGGCCUCGCUGUAGCCACGCCCUGUUACUACUGUCGCCGUGGAAACGGGGCGUGGGUAAAGGCCUCAUGAGGCAGGUGACUGAAGUGAUUGGCUGAAAUCUCGGAUGACACAUUAGCGUGCCAUCGCUCCACGGCUAGUAGAGGCACCAGGGACAGCGCUCGGAGAGUCAGCGGGUCUGUGGCGGACACGUCGAACUUCACUCACGGCUUUGGUUUCGCUCAGUGACGCUGUGUGGCAUCAUGCUGACCCAUCUGUUCCGGAUGCAUGGCCUCCUGGUGGCUUCUCAUCCGUGGGAGGUGAUUGUCGGCACAGUGACUCUAACUAUCUGUAUGAUGUCAAUGAACAUGUUCACGGGCAACGACCAAAUCUGUGGCUGGAACUUUGACUGUCCCAAGAUAGAAGAGCAAAUUCUGAGCAGUGAUAUCAUCAUCCUGACCAUCACACGUUGCAUUGCUAUCAUCUAUAUUUACUUCCAGUUCCAGAACCUGAGACAAUUGGGAUCCAAAUAUAUUUUAGGCAUCGCUGGCCUUUUCACCAUAUUCUCCAGCUUCGUAUUCAGCACAGUGGUCAUACAUUUUCUAGAUAAAGAGCUCACAGGCCUCAACGAGGCGCUUCCCUUCUUCCUGCUUCUCAUUGACCUCUCCAAGGCUUGUGCUCUUGCAAAGUUUGCAUUAAGCUCCGGUUCUCAGGAUGAAGUGAGGGACAACAUCGCUCGGGGCAUGGCAGUCCUGGGACCUACCUUUACUUUGGAUGCCCUGGUGGAGUGUUUGGUGAUCGGAGUAGGAACCAUGUCAGGUGUGCGACAGUUGGAAAUCAUGUGCUGUUUUGGCUGUAUGUCUGUCUUGGCCAACUACUUUGUGUUCAUGACGUUCUUUCCUGCUUGUGUCUCACUAGUGCUGGAGGUGUCCCUUGAAAGUCAGGAAGGACAUCCUAUCUGGCAAUUGAGCCAUUUCUCCAGAGUGAUUGAGGAGGAGGAGGACAACAAACCCAACCCUGUAACGCAGAGAGUUAAAAUGAUUAUGUCUCUGGGUCUGGUGAUGGUUCAUGCCCACAGCCGCUGGAUCGCUGAGCCUAUUUCUGUGAACACCACAGUGGGCAUCCCACAGGAUGGCACAGGAUUCCAUCAGCUGUCACCCAGGAGAAUCGAGCCAGAGAAGCCUCUUUGGCACUUUUACCUCACCAGAAUGAUCACCAUGGAUAUCGAGCAGGUGAUCUGUCUGCUAUUGGCCCUGCUGUUGGCUAUCAAGUACAUCUUCUUUGAGCCGGCUGAAGCAGAGUCUACGCUGUCUCUGAAAAACCCAGUGUCGACGUCUGGCCUCGUCCCACGACGCUCUGCUGAAAGCUGCUGCAGAAAAGAACCCGUAGCGCAACCCCUCACUGCCGCCCAGGCUGUAGCACAGGCCAACAGGGCAGAGACAGAUGAGGUCAUUCGACCAACCAUCGCUGCUGAUUUACAGGAAAAUAACUUCUUCGUUGGUGGCGAGGACGAUGAGGAGCAGAAAUCUGAGGCCGCUCCACCAAGUCUGCCCUCAAAUCCUAGAAGCCUGGACCAAUGUGUGGCAACUCUUAACAACCCUACACUGGGCCCUUCGUUUCUGAGUGAUGCUGAGGUGAUGCUGUUGGUCAAUUCUAAACAUAUCCCUGCAUACAAACUGGAGGCCAUGAUGGAGAGGCCUGAGAGAGGAGUGGCCAUACGAAGAAAAAUUAUAUCUGCCAAGCUCCCUUCUCCCACUGCGCUGUCCUUCCUCCCAUAUACAGACUAUGACUACUCCAGUGUUAUGGGCACCUGCUGUGAGAAUGUGAUUGGUUAUAUGCCCAUACCAGUUGGAGUGGCUGGACCACUGCACCUGGAUGGUAGGCAGUUCCAGGUUCCUAUGGCAACGACAGAGGGCUGCUUGGUUGCAAGCACCAAUCGUGGUUGUCGAGCAAUUGCUUUGGGAGGUGGAGCCAACAGUCGCAUUCUGGCUGACAGCAUGACUCGAGGACCCGUCGUAAGGCUGCCCUCUGCCUGUCAGGCUGCUGAGGUCAAGGCCUGGUUGGAGAGCACAGACGGCUUUCAGGCCAUUAAGGACGCUUUUGACAACACCAGCAGGUUUGCUCGACUCCAGAAGCUGUUGGUUGGUCUGGCUGGGAGAAACCUCUACAUCCGCUUCCAUUCUAAGACUGGGGAUGCCAUGGGGAUGAAUAUGAUUUCGAAGGGAACAGAACAGGCUCUAAGCAAACUGCAGCAGCACUUUCCAGAGCUGCAGUUGUUGGCUGUGAGUGGAAACUACUGCACCGACAAGAAGCCAGCUGCCAUUAACUGGAUUGAAGGCAGAGGGAAGUCUGCUGUAUGUGAAGCCACCAUUCCUGCUAAAGUGGUCAGAGAGGUUUUGAAAACAACCACAGAAGCUCUGGUCGACGUGAACAUUAAUAAGAACUUAGUGGGCUCCGCUAUGGCAGGAAGCAUUGGUGGAUUUAAUGCACACUCAGCCAACCUGGUGGCUGCCAUCUACAUAGCCUGUGGACAGGACCCGGCCCAGUCAGUAGGAAGCAGUAAUUGCAUCACCCUUAUGGAGGCCUCGGGACCAACAAGAGAGGACCUGUACAUUAGCUGCUCCAUGCCUUCUAUUGAGCUAGGCACUGUGGGCGGGGGCACCAACCUGGCCCCCCAAAAAGCUUGUCUACAGAUGCUGGGUGUGCAGGGAGCCAGUCAGGACUGUCCAGGUGAGAAUUCCCGGCAGCUUGCCAGAGUGGUGUGUGCCACUGUCCUGGCUGGAGAGCUCUCUCUGAUGGCUGCUUUGGCAGCUGGACAUCUUGUCAAGAGUCACAUGACACACAACAGGUAA